CAAGACACUCAGGCCCAACAUAACAGUCCAAGCAGCCGCAUAUAUUGCUUGCACUCUCCCACAGUCCGCUACAUCUGGUAGCUGCCCUCUAUUCUUAUCCUCACUGACCUCUCGCCGCCACACAUCCGACGCCUCCACCGCUGCGCUCCGCCGUCAUGAGCACCGGCGUGUCCCCACAUCGCCUUACCCGUGUAGAUCCGGGGGAGAUAUGCGCCCCACCAACAGCUCGCGACCUGCGGUGCCGCCGGAGGUGGGGACCUGCCCCGGCGCCGAUCUGCCGGUAUCGGUGGCUCUAGAUGCCGACGCCGCCGAUGCGCCGGCCUCGGCGACGGGGCAGACCGAGGUGGUUUGCGAGGUGGCUCUGAUAACUUGUCCCUGGCGCCGAUGUGCCGGCCUCGGAGGGUUGUUAUUCACGCAGGCUGCCCGGGAGCAGGAAGCGGAUGCUGCUCGGCAGGAUGGGGAGCCUGCUUCCAAGAAGGAAGGAGUGGAUGCUGCUCCACUGGAAGGGGAUGGUGCCAAGGAGUAAGAGGGGGAGGCCAAGACGCCAAGCGUGAUAAAAAAAAAAAAGGGCUGUGCUUGAGCCAGCGGCUGUAAAUUCUGAUCCAUCGGCAGAUACCUCUCUACCGCAUCAUAUCACUGUUGCUUCUGCAUUUAGUACCGUACUGCAGAGGAUAGCGCUUGGUUGACAAUUUUUGUACUUGCUUGGUAGGGCUACGUGUAAAUAGCACUUGGGCAUAGUGGUGAACUUGUGAAGAUGGAUACUGGGUGGUGUUUUGUGAAUCACGAUAGUUUUUUCCCGCUGCAAUUGUUGACGUGCAAUUGCGGGUUUUGUUUGAAAACACAGUUUUGCUUAUCAGUUCCAAUCUCUAACCUGUGUUUGCUUUGUA